AUGGCACUCCCUCUUCCAGUUAUCCGGGGCGGUGCGGGGACGGCUUCUCCUCCUGGCCCGGGGCACGGCUACGAGUCCCCGACCGAGGAGAACUAUCGCGAGUAUUUCGCAACAGCACCAGGGACUAUGACACCGGUCUCUCAAAUUCAUGUUCGGUCUCGGCCGGCACUUCCUACUCGACCGUCAUAUGUGGCUGCCCUGCCCCCUGAUCCCCACGUUCUCAGUGCAAGCCUAGCUGCUUUGGACGAUGUAGUUGCCACGGCUGAAAAGAUACCACCAAAUUCCAAGGUUUCUAUAAAGGAUCGUAUCAAAUGUUAUCAAUGGACUUAUUUUACAAUGGUGCGGUCGUUCAAGCUCCCUUCCGGCCAGUGCCCAGCAAGCAAGAUUACUCACCGAACUCGUAGACUAUGGCAACCGGAGGUGUUGCGAAUGUCAUAUAUGGCUGUACUGGGGUACACCUCUGCCUGGGUGAAUGGCUUUGGACUUUUCUUUUAUCUGCUCAACAUUGUUUUAUUUUUAAACAACUGUGUCUGUAUAAGCGUUCGCUUUCACCUCAUGCGAGGCAGCUUUAUAAAAUCCUUUACUGAUCAAUUUGAAUGUUUGUUCAUUCCCGCAUUUUAUGGCGUUGAGCAUUCCGGAUUUUGGCUCUUUAAAACCCUGCAGGUUUUAUUUUGGUUUUAUGUCGCGUCGAGUGUCCUCGCUAGUGCUGGGAUAGUAUUCCCAGUCCACACGAUGACUCCCACAUGGGUCUUUCCGGCAUACCCUCUUCUUGUAAUUGCACCAUUCGCGGCAAACUUGAUCGCCGCUGCCGAACGUUCUGGUAAUUUAUGGGUGCUAAAUAAGCCUGCUGUGGCAAUGUGCGCUGUCACUCUACAGGGAACAGGGUGCUUAAUUGCCUUCAUGAUAUCUGCUGCCUUUAUUUACAGACUGAUGACUCAGAAGCUACCUCGAGACAUACAGCGGCCUGGUGUUUUCAUAUCAAUUGGUCCAUAUGGCUUCACUGCCGCUGGGAUAGCCUCCACUUACUGUCUUGGCUCAUCCCGCUCAUGUUUAUUAGUGCAACUCGGACAGCAAGCCAACCUUAUCGUCCCUCCUGGUUUCUUGGGGUCUGAGUUGACCGUGGAUAUUCUCAAAGUCUUGUCUGUUUUGGUUGGCCUUUGGUUUUGGGGCCUCUGCAUAUGGUUCUUUCUCGUCUCGCUUGGCUCACUAUGGAAGUAUGUUCGUACGGGAAGCUCGAUUCCAUUCCAGAUGACUUGGUGGUCGUUUGUGUUUCCCAACACCGCACUUGUUACGGCUACCCAAACCAUGAGCAAGGUCUUCGAUAGCAAAGGCAUUCACAUUUGCGCUUGUGUUUUGACUGUGGUUCUAAUUAUUGUGUGGGUUGGUGUCUUUAUCACAAUGUUGCACUGUUUGAGGACCAAGAAACUUCUUUACCCCAAGCAGAACAAAUAG